CCAUCAUCAGAACCUUCAGGGAGGAAAACAGGACACAGAGACGACCACCUGGUGGAGGCAGGCUAAGGCUUUUGUCGGAGGAGCAAGAGAGGGAGCUUGUAAACAUGGUCAUUGCCAAUAAUGUAAUCCGCCUGCGAGAGAUUCAAAGGAGAGUGAUUGAGGAUAAUCAUCAUUUUCGAGGGAUAAAUGCCAUCAGCCUCUCCACAAUUGAUCGUAUCCUCCGAAAGCACCGGUUCCGGAUGAAACGGGCGUACCGCGUCCCUUUCGAACGAAACUCUGACAGAGUGAAAGACCAACGAGUGGAAUAUGUUCAGAGAAUCUUUGAGAUUGAAGGCCGGCCUGUUCCCCAUGAAAUUAUCUUUGUGGAUGAGGCUGGUUUCAACCUGACCAAAAGAAGGAGAAGGGGGAGGAACAUAAUUGGCCAUCGGGCUAUUGUAAAUGUCCCUGGUCACCGCGGAGGGAAUGUCACUAUGUGUGCAGCCAUCAGCCAACGAGGGGUACUCCACCGUCAUGCCAUUCUAGGACCCUAUAACACUAUGCUCCUCCUUGCUUUCCUUGAUGGUCUAAGAGAGCAUAUGUUCCAGCUGGACCUCAGGGAACCAGCACAGCCAGAGCAGCCUCGUUACAUUGUUGUUUGGGAUAAUGUCAGCUUCCAUCGCGCUGCUCUGGUUCGUGACUGGUUUACCAAUAACCCGAGGUUUUCUAACAUCUUUCUGUAA